CGGGCGGAAAUAUGGCGGCCUCGGCGGGCUCCGUGCCGGGCAAGGGGCGCGACAUCAGCCUGGCGGCCCUGCAGCGCCAUGACCCCUACAUCAACAGCAUCGUGGACGUGGCCAGCCAGGUGGCUCUGUACACCUUCGGCCAUCGAGCUAACGAGUGGGAGAAGACUGACGUGGAAGGAACCUUAUUUGUUUAUACAAGGUCUGCUUCUCCAAAGCACGGAUUCACCAUUAUGAAUAGGCUGAGCAUGGAAAACAGAACUGAGCCCAUUACUAAAGACCUGGACUUCCAGCUCCAGGACCCUUUCCUUCUCUACAGAAAUGCCAGAUUGUCCAUAUAUGGAAUUUGGUUUUAUGAUAAGGAAGAAUGCCAAAGAAUUGCAGAACUUAUGAAAAACCUAACUCAGUACGAGCAGUUAAAAGCCUGUCAGGGAGCUCGAUCGGAAGUCUCCCCCAUGACCUUCAGCUCAGGAGAGGGCCGAGAAGUAGACAUCCUGCAGAUGCUCACCAAGGCCAAAGAUGAGUACACAAAGUGUAAAACCUGUUCUGAGCCAAAACAGAUAACCAGUUCUGCCAUUUAUGACAACCCUAAUCUCAUCAAACCAAUCCCCAUGAAACCUAGUGACAACCGGCAGCAGCGAAUCCCUCUGCCUGGCCAGGCCUUAGACCCUGAGCCCAAACACCUAUCCUUAAAAGCCCUGUUUGGGAAGCACGACAGAGCUCCCUGUCAGGAAGCUGUGGGCCCCCCACGGACCUUCUACCACCACCACCACCACUACCAUCACCAUCACCAGCAGCAGCAGCAGCAGCGAGAGAAGCUUCUGGUUCAGCACGGGCUCUCGUGCUCCCUACCCUGCGAGGAAGCCAGCAGGCUCUCUCCCCCCGCCGAGAAGCAGCUCUGCCCAGCCAUUCGGAAACUCAUAGUCAGGAACCCCGAGCAGCCCCCGCCAGAAGAGGGUGGCAGGCCCAGGGCUGCGCAGGGUCUUCCUCCGGGACCCGUGCACCCAGGAGCCUGGAGCGCCGGGACGUCGCCCGGCCCGCGCAGCCCCUGCGGGAGCCGGCACCUGCUAGCCCAGCUCCAGAGCCCCAGCGGUGGCCUUGCGCGGGGCGAGGGACCCCGGGCCGCGGAGAAGGAGCAGGGCGCGCCGCCAGGGCCGGCUCUGGCCCUCUCUGGCAGCCAGGAGAGCAGCCCCAGGGUCGUCCACCCUCAAGAGCUGCUCAGGAAGCUGCAGGCCGUGCAGCAGGAGCAGCAGCUGCAGGCAGGUCCUCGGCCGGCCUUGGCGGCCAGGUUUCCCGUGGCGGCACAGGACUCAAGGAGCGGGAAGCCCUCGGAGGCCUGGGUGGGCCGAGCAGCUGGCACCGAGAACCCCCUGCAGCAGGUUGACUCACCAAAGUGCAUCCCUCCUCCAGUGGCUCCUUCUCUUCUCGUGCCCCCCAUGGUCUUCACACAGCCCACCUGUGCUCUGCUGAGGGACCCUGAUAGCAGACUCAUGACCCUGGGAGGCCAGGGACCGCCUGCUGCCUCCCCCAACCCCCUCCUGCCUCUGCAGAGCUGGGAGCCCUCCGCCGCGACUGGCAAGCCCCUCUCCAGGAUGCAGCUCCAGGAGGCCCUGCUGAACCUUGUCCAGAAUGACGACAACUUCUUAAGCAUAAUCUACGAAGCCUAUCUCUUCACUGUGACACAAGCGCCCGCCAGGAAGACCUCGUAACUGACACGUGAAAGCAAACGUGUGACACAACAUGUUUCUCCCUUUUUAGCAAAG